UUAUAUUUACAACAGCAGGAUAGACAACAAAACCGGGCAACUACGACAGGAAGGAUUUUGUAUUUCAUUUUCACUUAAAAGGUAUAUUUUUAUGAAAAAGAUUGCAGCUGAAUCCCUCAGCUCCUUUGUUCUAAACAUGCCACAUGUAGGCUAUAUCUGACCAGACUUUUUAGAAAAACAACGUGGACUAAUUUUGAAUGUUGGAAUGGAUUCAAUAACCAUUGAUAUCAGAAAGAGAAGAUAUGCUUCAACUUGCAACAGAAAACGGAUCUUUUGUUGUGUUGGAUUUGCACUGCUGCUUCUUGUAAUUUGUAUCAUAUUGGUGGCUGUCUUUGUUGUUGUUAAGAAGAGGAUUGUUCAGAGUGGCCAGCCUUUUGCCAGCAUGGAUACACUUCAGUUUUUCAAUGUAACAGAUGGUCUUGCAGUCACAUGGUACAAUGGGGAUAUGUCAAAGAAGCAGAUGGAAGAUGUCUUGAGUAGUGAUGCCAUGAUGUUGGAAGCAGAUGUCACAUUGGGAGGAAGCCCAAGUGGUCAAGAUGAAACUACUGUGCCAUCUGUGGCAAGGGAUAAUACAUUGCAAGAGUGGAUGGAAGCCAUUUUAGAUGCUAAUCUGAAUGGCAGGAAAAAAGGUGUCAAGUUGAACAUGAAGCAUGACAAAGUUAUUGGACCCACGUUAAAGGUUCUGCAAGCCAUGAAGGAUAGUAUAGUGAUACCAGUUUGGAUACAUGCAGACAUACUUUUAGGUCCCGGAACCAACAAAACUAUGAUUAAUCCUAUGCAGUUGUUUUCACAAAUUGACCAAAUCUAUCCUGCAGUGACAUUGUCCGUAGCUUGGGCAUCUGACUCUUCUCAAACUUCUUACACACAAAGCAUAAUGGAGGAAAUGUAUUCUCUUAUUAAGAACCUUAAGCAGCCAGUGUCUAUAACAGUCAGAGCAGCUCUUGUGAAGAAUGCUUGGCCCAAUUUAAAAUGGUUGCUGAGCCAGAACUCCAAUUUUACGCUGACAGUUUGGAACCCUUCAGGAGUAACAGACAAAGAAGGAACAGAUUUAUACGACUUACUUUAUGUUCGAAACAAUUGGUAUAUUGAAAAGAUCUUUUAUGAUUUACCAGGAACCAAGUUUAAAGAAUUUCAGGAAUUAUCUGUAACAGCAGGAAGUCCCCUCAACUUCUUUGAUGUUAAAGACAGAGAUGCUAUUGAUAUCACAUGGGCUCAUGCUGCUAACAGUAUAGCAGACAUGGAAAUGGCUUUGAAAAGUGAUGUCAUGAUGUUGGAGGCAGACAUCUUACUUCGUGGUCAGGGCACAGCUAGUCAAACAGACAUUCCUAUUAUGGCACACCCUCCAGCUAUAGAUAGUGAUAAUACCUUUCAAAACUGGUUCACAAAUGUUGUUCAAACUAAAAAAGGGCUGAAACUAGAUUUUAAAAGCAUCGGAGCAGUUGAACCAUGCUUGCAAAUUCUUAAUUCAUCCAGGGGCAGUCUGCGUCAGCCAGUUUGGCUUAAUGCUGACAUACUUGUUGGACCUAAUGCAGCUGGCAGCAAACCAGUUGAUGCUGCAGAAUUCAUCAGUGUUAUCCAACAAAACUUUCCUCAAGCAACAUUAUCAAUAGGGUGGAAAACUGCCUGGAAUAAUUCCAGCACAAAUGAAGGAUACACACAGGCCAUGGUAGAAGAAAUGGCUGGCAUUUGUAUCAACUUGACCCAACCUAUCACCUUUCCUGUCCGUGCCAUUGCUGUGCGACCAUCAUGGCCUCAGUUAAAAUGGCUGUUGGAUCAGUCUCUCUCCUAUAGUCUCACCAUAUGGACAACUGCUGCUGAUGACCUGAAACAAGCAGAUAUGCAGUGGGUGCGUGAUCAGGGGUAUGAUGAGGACAGGAUUUACUAUGAUCUACCAGACAGCCUGAUGCCUAGAAGAAACAGAGAGGGUGAAAAAACCUACAAGGAGGGACAUGAGCUUUGAUUGUUUGUGCAAAAGUAAUGCCAUACCAUACAAGCAAUAUAAGUGCGUUAGACUUGUAGUUAUAUGCCCCAGGACAGCAGCUGUAAGGACUCUUACAAAAUAUGGGUCUGUAUAACAGUUUUGUCCUAUUCAUUCAAAAUUAGGACAUAUCCUAUUCAUUAUGCAAGAUUCCUAGGUACGGACUUACUGCAUAUACAGUACAGUACCUACAUAAGAAAGUUGGAUGAAGUCAUGCAUUAAGUUAGUUAUCAAUUUGCGUGUGUGUUAUUGUAUCUGUGGGGAUGAUGUUUGUCUAUCUCAGGAAAUGGCACAGAUCUGAAAACCAAAUCAUCACAAGUUCAGGCUCUGUCCUCCAUUUGCACAAAGCUUACUAAUUUCUUAGAAUUGUUCUUUGUUCUUAACAAAUAAUUUCAGUACCCCCACCCUCUAUAUGUAGAAUUGCAUGAUCAGUUUCUACAUGCAAAUGUAUGGCAGGAAAACCUCUCUUAUUAUGUUUUGUACAUGUCACACAUAGACACUAGUGCUUUCUUUAAACAGACAAAGCACAGCUCAUCUCUUACAAAUAUCUUUUCUUUCGUGUUUUAACCAUUAAGCAGUGGAUAUCCAUAAAUUGAAUGUGAACCAGUGCAGAAAAUGCAAGGGGAGGGUAUGACUUGACCCUAGCUGGGAACAGGCAGAGAUUGUGGUUAAGGAGUGACAGAAUCAUGACAUUGGUUUCUCUGCUAACUUGCUGUCAUGCAUUAGUUGCCAAAAGGUGGAUGAACAAGGAUUCUUGCAUGCUUUUCCCCCAAACUAUUGGUAUGACUAAUGUGACAACGUUAUUGACUUUGUCUUCCAUGUUCCUACAUAUCCUUUAUUAUCACUUUCCUACUUUGCUAUCUACAAUUAAUUCCUCUCCGUUCAACCUCUUACAUUGUUCUCUCUCGUUUACAUUACAUUCUGCGCUACAACGAGGUCAUGUCAAUCAAGUUACACUACAAAACACUCCCUUCUCUUAGUCAAUACAGAGGUUUAGCAAACAACGAAGACGAAGUA